UUUUUCUGUGCUGCCAAGAUUUUCCCCAACCUAUUACUGUGAUUGCUGCUAGGUUCAAACUGUUUUUGCACACAGGAAUCGAACAUGGAGUUGCAAAAUUUAAUAGUAAAUAGUCUCGUAAGUAAUUAUCAAUUAUCAUUGCCUUACAUGCCCUUUUUCCUCUACAGGUAGUUGGCACCAUAAUAUCUGCAGUGGUGCAUUUACUAACAGCAUGGUGGCUCAUGAGCACUGUUCCAAAUAUCUGUGAGAGAGAGUUGCUUCCAGCAGGUAGUCCAUGGACUUGCCCUGGUGAUCACGUGUUCUACGACGCAUCUGUAAUAUGGGGUUUGAUAGGGCCACGUAGAAUUUUUGGAGAUCUUGGACACUACUCAGCCAUAAACUGGUUUUUCUUGGCUGGAGCCAUUGCACCUUUCUUAGUUUGGCUAGCGCACAAGGCCUUCCCUCAUAAACAGUGGAUUAGGCUCAUCACUGUGCCUGUGCUCUUGGGAGCAUUAGCUGACAUGCCUCCAGCCACAGCAGUGAACUACACCAGUUGGGUCCUUGUUGGCUUUGUAUCAGGGUUUGUUGUAUAUCGUUACUAUCGUGGAUGGUGGAGCCGACACAACUAUGUGUUGUCUGGUGCACUUGAUGCAGGGUUAGCCUUCAUGGGGGUUUUGCUCUACUUGUGUUUGGGGAUGGAGCACAUUAGCCUUAACUGGUGGGGCAGUGACCCAGAUGGGUGCCCUUUAGCUUCAUGUCCAACUGCUCCAGGUGUCAUAUCUAAAGGGUGUCCUCUUUACUAAGUUUGAUGGUGGUGGUGUAGCCAUGGUUUUAAAUUGUUGAUGAGGUUGUAUUGGGAAAUGCAAAAUUGCCGGCAAAUAAGGUUUAUGUAGCCACUAGCCACAAUUGUUAUUGCCAUGAGGAUCCAAGAUUGUUUUGGACUUGUAGCAAUAGCAGAGAUGCAGAUAAAUGCUUGCAUAAUUCUUUCUUCUGUAUAUUAUACAUUUUGUAAAAUAUUUGAUUUAUUUGGAUGAUGUAAAUCAAGACCUCAAAGGGAUGGCUUAUUCUUUACGGAACA